AUGGCUACUCAUGCUCUCGUCUCCCAGUACAUCCAGGAUGUCAAGGAGCUUGACUCUUACCUUACAGGAUCUCCAAUCACCCUCACAGGGUCUACCCUGUCUCUUUCUCAGAUUGCUGCUAUCGCCCUCUACCCGCCUUCUUCUCGCAGUAAUCCCGUUAAACUCCAACUUACUGAUGACCAGAAUGUCAAAGCAAAAGCAUCUGCUUCCCGUGCUGUCAUCGAGAGCAAGGUCGCAGCAGGCAUUAGUGUCUAUGGUGUCAGCACUGGUUUUGGUGGUAGCGCAGAUACAAGGACGGAUGACCCUAUUGCACUCGGCGCCGCCCUCCUGCAGCACCAGCAUGCCGGCGUUAUUCUCCCUACUUACGCACCCACUGCUAUCCCGACCCUCUCUUCUUUUAGCAACUCUCAUCUCAACGUUUUCCCUUCCCCCGCCCCGCUCUCUGACCCAUUCACCAGUACUACUAUGCCACCCCCUUGGACACGCGCCGCUCUCCUUGUCCGCGCUAACAGUAUCAUGCGCGGACACAGUGGUGUCCGCUGGGAACUUGUCCAGAAAAUGACAGAGCUUAUAAACAAAGGCGUUACCCCUGUUGUUCCUAUCAGGGGCAGCGUCAGUUCUAACCUAUCUUCCCUCUCUUACAUUGCCGCAACACUCAUCGGAAACCCUGCUAUCAGGGCUUGGGUUCCUUUGCCCCGCCCCUCUUCAGCGGUACCCAGUACAUCCUCAACCCCCUUUUCAACUGUAACAUCUUCGCCACACUCCUCACCCCAAUUGUCACCCUUCUCUGUGUCUACCCCACUUCCUCCCUCAGCCGAUGCCCUUCCCCUACCAAUAGAAACUCCCAAAUUGGACAACUACGAACCUUACGCCCUCCUUCCUGCCCCGCAGGCCUUGCAGGUUGCCGGCAUCACUCCCCUCCCGCUCUCGAGUAAGGAGCAUCUAGGGAUCCUGAAUGGCACGGCAUUUAGUGCAGCCGUAAGUGCGUUAGUUGUGAGAGGUGCGCGGGGGAUGGGUGUGCUAGGUCUAACAGCCAUGUCUGUUGAAGCGAUGCUCGGUGCGAGGGGCAGCUUCGAUCCAUUCGUCGGCGAGGCAAGGCCACACAUUGGACAAAUCCACUCCGCACAUCUUAUGUACACUCUGCUCGACGGGUCUUCCUUUGCAAGUGCACAUGAGGUAGAAGUCAAGAUUGAGGACGAUGCCGGCGUGUUGAGGCAGGAUCGUUACUCUCUCCGCACAGCCCCCCAAUGGCUCGGUCCCCAAUUCGAGGACCUCGCAAAUGCAGCACAAGUAAUCACAACCGAGGUUAACUCCAGCAACUUCCAAGCGCUCGCCAUUACGAACGCGAUGGACCACGUCCGUCUCAGCCUCGCUCACAUCGGCAAGCUGAUGUUCGUGCAGCUCACGGAAAUUGUGAACCCAGCCAUGAACAGGGGCUUGUUCCCCAAUUUGGCUGGUGGAGAGGUCGGAUUGGAUUUCGGGUUCAAGGGUGUUGACAUCGCUGCUGCGUCAUAUACGGGCGAGUUGAAUGCACUGGGUGGCAUGAACGUCGGCGUCGGCAACGUGAGCGCUGAGAUGCACAACCAGAGCGUCAAUUCCCUCGCGCUCAUCUCAGCAAGGUACACCCUGACCGCACUCGAAGUGUCCACUCUACUCGCCGCCUCACACCUCAUCGUGAUCUGCCAGGCGCUCGAUCUCCGCGCACUCGGCGAGGAGCUGCGGGAGGCGCUCCCAGGACUCGUCCGCUCAUCCCUCCUCAACGCCUUCCCUUCGCUCACUGACGACACCACAGCUACCUCGCUCGUGGCCGCUUGCCUCCCAGCGCUCACAGAGACGCUCGACCACACAACGACGCUCGAGACAAGCGCGCGGAUGCACAAAGUUGCAGGCGCAUGUGUGGUAUCGCUCAUCACGGCGCUGUCAACCUCUCCAGUGCAGGGCGCAGAUCUGGGCGAGCUCCCGGUGUUCAUUGCAUCGUUUGCCACGCGGUUGGUGAAGAAGUUGACGGAACUGCGGUGCGCGUAUCUGGGCGUACAGCCGAAUGCGGUGCGCGGUGCAAGCCCGAGUGCUGAGGAGACAGAGGUGGCGUGGCGCGGGCCUGCCCCGGCAAGCAAGUACCUCGCGCCGCGGACGCGUGCGCUGUACAUGUUUGUGAGGGUGACACUGGGCGUGCGAAUGCACGGGGCUAGGAAUCUCAAGGGGGAUGUGUUUGGGACGCGGGAUGGCCUAGAUGGGGGAGACGGGACGAUCGGGAACGGGGUUUCAGUUAUCUGUGAGGCGAUCAGGGAUGGGAGAGUCGGGCGUGUUGUGGUGGAGAUGCUGGAGGGGAUAGAGGGCCUGUGA